AUGUCUGCCGUACCUGACCCUCCAGUGACCCUGGAAAAUGUGUGCGGUGUUAUUUAUGACAAUGCGCUUUACGUCUACUCGUCCUCAGCCUUUCUUCGGCUCAGCUUAAAACCCGGCGCGGAAUGGGAAGAGCUAGCUGCUGGAGUGGCUGUGAAUGGCGGCGUGUGCGUGGGAGCGAGCGCUGGUAAUGCCGCCCGCGACGGGCUUUACAUUGUCGGUGGUGUAGGUCCCGAUGACGGCUACAAUGGCCUUCAGAAGUUCACCUAUUCCACUGGCAAAUGGGAAACCCUAGCUCCCGUCACAACUGAUAUUAAGAACCGCCGAUGGCAUGGCGCCACUUACUUGAAGAGCUCUGACUCCAUUCUCGUCUAUGCUGGAACCCAGAACGAGGCAGAGGCCAUCUCUUCACAAACAUUUACCAUUGGAGCACAGGCACCGUUCGAUGUCACGUCGUUCGACUCCAACGCGCCGACUGUGCUUUCACCUCUUGUCCUUCCAUGGUCCGACUCUGAAGCCGUCAUGGUUGGUGGUGGCAUCGAGAACCGAAGAGUGAUGCUGUUUAGCAAGGAAGCCGGAGGCUGGAGGGAUUCGGGUGCCACUAUGGCCGACCCGAUUCCCAAGGGGGCCGCCGAAAUCAAGGGUCUAAUCAUGACUGGAGAUGAUGGCAGCCGGAGUCUCUACACCUUCGACAUGACCCAGUCUCCCAACCUCGUCCGACGUAUCCCGCUUAUCGACGGAGCUGGUGCAGCAAUCAGCAAUGCCCCUACGAUCAUUGCCCGCAACCUCGAGAACCGACAAGCGAAGCAGGACGCCGCCCUCACCUAUGACAAGUGGCCAACUUACAACGAUACUCUGGUUCCCGAAGAUACGCGAGUUAACUACGCUGCUGCAACCGAUUCCACCGGCACUGUCUACUUUGCUGGUGGCAACUCGGACCACGCCCUCUGCAUCUUCGAUGCCCGGGAAAAUGCCUGGGUGAAUGCCGCCGAGGUUUUUACCGACCAACAGGUACUCGGCUCCUCGGUGUCAAGUAGCUCCUCCUCCUCGAUUGCCACCGCUUCGCCCACCGUCGCGUCCACGUCCACUUCCGCCGUGAACGCCGCGUCUGUCACCCCCGAGAGCAGCACUGGCGAGGAUGACUAUCCUCUCGGUUCUAAUGCCAUUCUCGGCAUCGUUCUCGGAUCCAUCGUUGGCAUCAUGCUCCUUCUCGGUCUCGUCCUCUUCCUGAUUAGGCGGAAGAAGAACAAGUCGCGAGCCAACGCACCCGAGAGCGACCAGGGCUCAUCCAACAUGGAGAAGGGCGGCUUUGAUUUUGAAGCAGACCUUGCUCCCACUGGCAAGCAGGGCGGUGGUGGCUACUUCAGGGGUCACCAGCCCCAGGACUCGGCCGGAUCUUAUUCGUCGAUGGCGAUUCUUAUGGGUAAGGUCAACCAACAGAAUAAGAACAUCAGCCGCAAGCCCAGCAAUGGCACCGUCCGAUCCUCUGUUAGCAGCAUCUACAACAAGGAGUUCAAGAGCACGAUUAGCAAGCCCAUUCCUCACGAAUCGCAACUCUAUGCCCCGCAGGUGCGCGCGUCUCCCGAGCCCGGCGACCGCGUUACCGUCUUUGGCCCUAGCCUCACUGCGAAGGCGGCACCUCCAAGGCCACCUCGUGGUGACUCGGCCCUGAUGAACGACAGCCUCGAGCCCGCGCGUCGAAGCUCGGGCUGGAAUAGGUACUGGUCUGGCGGCAGCGCUCUCGGCAUCUUAGGCUUUGGAAACGGGAAGCGAGGCACUGUAUCAUCUGAUCAAAGUUCCCGGUAUUCGGACAACAAGAAUCGCAUUACGCAGGACUCGGCCACAGUUCCCCCUCUGCACAUUGAGGGUCGAGCCGAAUUGAACCGCGUCAACUCGGGAAGCCCCACUGUCGCCCACUACCCGCCUCGUAUCCCGAUGAGGGAGGGCAUGUCUGGAAAGAUUGAGCGACCAGUCUCGGACGCAUCGUCUGGGUACUCGAGUGGCAUUCCUGACAGCGUGCCGUCGAUUUGGGACCCCGCGGUAAAGAAGCCCUGGGGCGCGGAUCGUGCGCCUAGCUCGGCGUAUGGCGACGACUCGCAUGGUCGUUUCCAGUCGUCCCUCGACCCCAGCUCGACAGCUAACCGGGGCGGCAGCAGCGCGCAGUCGACUCCGCUUGCCAUGUCGAACACAGCAUCGGACAUGAGCUGGUUGAACCUAGGGAGUACCGCCGCGGCUAAAGCACCAAGGGAUACUAUCCUAAUGAUGAUGUUCUCUCGACACAUGAUUCAUAUGACGAAUCACGGCCUUUGA